CCGUCAACAUCGACCUUUUCCCGUGAAGAGCCUUUCGCUCAACCUACAGCAUGCAACUUCCAUAUAUUUUCUGUGUGACUUCUCUCACUGUAAUGCAUAAUUAUUCACUUUUCAUUUGUUUUUACCAGGGCGAUGCCAUUCCUGUUGCCUUGGUUGAGAACAGUGGGAGAUGUAAUAAGAAUGAAAACAUUGAAAAGGUUCUUCCUUGUGGAACAGCUUGGAUUCCCAAUUUAGUUAAAACAAUCACAGAGGUCGCGUUAAAUGGAAGCAAACCUAUAUUGGUAAACAAGAAGCUGAUUGAAGGGCCAAAUCCUGAUAGGAGAUGGAAAGAAUUUAUACCAUUAGUUUUUGCAUUCCAAUACUUCUUCAUCAUUAAACCUCUACAACGGGCAAUCAAGAAUGAUAUGGCAAGGGAGACAAGACCAGCAUGGGAGCUAAGGGACACUGGGUUGUCUAGUCGAAAGUUUUAAUCAACUAUAACGUACGUAAAUUCUGUUGCUGUCAAUGUUUGUGUUGAGUGUGUAUGCCCUGCGGAUGGAACUUUCUGGCGGUUUGUUAUUCGAGAUUCUUUUUCUACAUGAUAGAACAGUGAAAAUCUUGAUGAAGGAAUUCAGUAUGCAAAUCUC